GAGAAGAUCUCAUAAGAGCGAUAAAUCUCGAUUAAAAAUAAAAUGUAUGUUGCAACAGUUAUCUCGUGCCACCUUUCCCCGAAGCACCUUCUUCCUCGAGCUCACGGAAAGCGCUCCCCAGCAGGGAUGAGUCAAGGCCGGCCCAGCGCAGAUACAGUUUUAAAAAGGCGUACGGAUAUCCAUCACAAUACAGGCUGUAGUCGUAAUUUCAGAGACAGCGGAGGGCUAUUCUCAGUGCUUUUCCGAGCCAUCACCGGCUCGCCUCUGGCCUGAACUCGGUGCACAGUGCGAUAGACCCAACUCGCCCGCCCUUCGAAUCAAAAAACGCAUCCCGUAAUCUCAGCUAGAAAUUAUCGCCUUCGCUUUCCCACUCCCAUCCCCAAUUAUUAAAACCCUAAACUCUCCCGAACUCGAAUUCCCCCUCUUCGAUCCAUCCAUGGUGGCCUAGAACCCGAAUUUUUCCUUUUCGAUCGAUCGAGGGCUUCGAAGUCGAGCUCUGAAACCCUAAGCCGAGGAGGACGCCAUGAAGGCCUCCAUCAGGUUUCGGGAGGACCAGAAGCCCCUCGUGAGGGCCAAGAUCCCCAUCAGCAUCCUCGGCCUCCCCUUCCUCUCCGGGGUUUCCGCCGGCGAGUCCCGGGAGCUCCGCCUCGACCUCGCAACCGCCUUCGACUACGGCCCCUGCUUCCGCGUCUCCUAUCGCCCCUAUGACUCCUGGAACCCCUUCAGCCUCGUCGUCAAGACCGGGAUCGGCGCCUUCGGCUCCCCCUGUGGCGUUCCUAUGGCGAUGACUGCCGAGUUCAACCUCCUCGGCGCCGGCGCCGUCGCCGGCGCCCCCACCUUCUCCAUCAUCUUCAAACCGCGCCUCGGCGACUUCAGCAUCAAGAAAACCACCGGCUCCGCCGUCAUCGCUCCCCCUGUCGGGAGGAAGAUCGCCCUCGAUGCCGACAGGGAGGGAUCGGUGGACGGGGUCGAGACGCCCGUCAUCGGGUUCCGGCCGGAGAACGGGAGCCACAUCGGGAAGAAGGUGAACGGAUUCCUGACGGAUUUCACCGCCGGAGGCGGUGGGAUCCAAGGCCUCCUCUCUAGCGCGGAGAUCUCCGCGAGGAGCGUCCUCCCGCUGCGGAGCCGUGCCGCGGUGAGGUUCCGUUGGGGGCUGAGGAUGCCGCCGGAGCUCCGCGCGGCUUACGCGGAGGACGCUGGCUGGGGGAGGGUGCCGGCGGGCGGGAUCUCGCUCAGCAAGCUCCCGCUGCUUGUGAUGAACAAGAUCUCGAUCGAACACGUAGCGUUGGACGUUGGGAAGUCGAAGGAGAAGGAUGCCGUCGCCGGCGGCGACGUGGCAGAGGCGUGCCUGUCGGUGAGGCGGCAGCUGGAGACGCUGCAGGCUGAGAACGGGCUGCUGAGAAAGGCCGUGGAGGAGCUUCGGGCUGAGAUCGGCAGCGGGAAGGUGGCGCCGGUAGCCGGAGGUCAGGUCUCCGGCAGCGCUGACGUUGGGAAGGGCGGGAAUAAGGCGGCGGCGGGGAAGAGGGACCGCCGGACCGAUGGGAUGUCGCAGGAGAGCUCCGGGAAAGUGGCGGCGGACGAGGUGAGCGAGGAGCUGAAGAAGGCUUUGAUGGGCGCCGGAAAAAUCUGAAAGCAGUUCGUAGUUUGGACGAGUUAGAUUAAGAGUUGGGUGCUUGCGUUUUGGCGUAGUCCGUGGCGUGCGUUAUAUGCAAAAUAAUAUGUUUAUAAAGUUUCUAAGGCUAGCCUUAUUGUGCUGCGGUCUUGUACAGUCGUUUGUUGGCGAGUUUGAUGUGUACAAAAUUUAUGUUUUUGUGAUGGAAGUCAUUUAUUAGACCACAUUUUUCAUCGUCCGCGAAGGUUUUCAUCUCUCAAGCAGACGCUGCCGGAUCUGAACGGAUCGAAGGCCUGGAUACCAUGAGAAAAUUUGAAUCGACUUUUCCGUUGGGCUGAAACCUUGUAUGUAUUAUAUAUUAGAAGGUACACUGUCACGCUAUAUUUGGGAUUGCAUUGAUUAUCCCUAUCAACCAAGCUGUAGUGGAAUCAAAAGGAAAUGAAUGAAUCGGAAAACAUAAAGAGAA